UCUGAGCGAACCCACCCCAACUUGCUUACUACAGGUGUGAAAAGCCUGUGUAGCAGAGGCUGGAAAUGCUGGAGCAUGGGACGCAAGGGUUGACAUCAUUCCUGGUGUUCAGGAGACAAGUUUUGGUUCUUGCUCACAGAUGCACACUCCUUUUUAAAGAAUUUGUCAUGUUGAUGGAAAAUAAGACAAAUUAAUAUGAGAGUAAGGGGCCUGGGAUUGCUGGUGUUCCUUAACCCUCACCAACAUCCUAUUUAUCAUGAGGGGAGAUGAGCAAGGCAGGAGAGAAGUGGUGAAGAACUGCUGCCCAGAAAAUGUGUGGGUUGCAGAACUUGCCUUGCACUGAAACGAUUCCCCAUGCUCUGUUAACUCUGCUGGCUUGGCUCAAGAUCCCAUUCCUACAGAGCAGUGGGCAAAUGCCCCUCAAUCCAUCCCAAAGCUGCUCCCCACAGCACAGCUGGACUUGAAAUGCAAUUCCACAGACAGGACUCAUCCCACAGAAAUGGGACUGAGCCCUGGCCCAGCUCUCCUCUUUGCAAUACAAAUAAAAAGGGAUUUCUGUUGUUGUUGUUGCAGAGGGUUGGUUUCCAACUCAGUUUAUGCAGCACAGAGGCAGAAAGCAAAAGCCUUCUAUUUGCAGAGUGGCCAGGUGUGCCAGGGGAAGGGAUGGCUCCAGAAUAACUGACACAUCGUUUGGAGAGAGGGAUUUUUAUUUCCCAGCUUUGCAGAACAGCUCCUAGCAGCCAUGCUAUGCUGUCCUAGCUUUGGAAGGCUAGUGGGCUUUGGAAGGAGCUGAUGUGGGAGCAGUGAGGCUGGAAGAACACAGAACUUCAGUCAGGAAGAUUUUCACAUAACAUGCAUUGCCUGAUGCACAUGGAGGAUGUGCUUCUAAAGCACGCAACGCCUCAGGAAUUAAAAGGUGUCCUAUUCACCAGAGCAGUCUGGUUUCAGCUGCCAGUUGUUGUAUGAAGGCUGAAGAUGAUAAUUUGGCUUUUUACAACCCGUUUUUGUGAGCAGGGUUGGCCUGGGUUGGGUUGGGUGGCCACUAGAGGACACUCUGCCCAAAACCAUGAGUUCAGUGAACUUGCUGGGAUUUCCAAGUGAUGCCAGGGCAAACAAACAGCCGACUGCCUGAGGGCUAACUGCAGAAAGCCUGCAGGAUAAUUCUCUUUUAUAGCUGGACAAACGAGUUCAUGUUUUACCUUCCAUAGCAUGAAAUUUUAGGUGAAACCCCAAACCCAAGGCUCUCCCCAAAUGCUCAAGUGACAGAGAAUCUGAACCAGGAAGGUUUAAGUGUCACUCUUGUCUCCUUUGCCACAUUAAUUAUUUUGUAAUGUACAGGACAAAGCAGAUGUGCAGGUUGGUGGGAAGCUUUCAUUUGACCUGCCAGGUUAUGUGGGAUGGUGCUGUAUUAGGAACUCCUCAAUAUAAAUCCUAAUGUGUGUUAAUGCCUCCCUUGUGCUCAACCCAUACAUUUAGGAUAUUGUGUAGUAAUAGACUGAAACCUAAAGAUAAGCUGUUUUUACUGUUGCUUCUUCAUAAAGAUAAUUUAUUCAACUGGAAACAAAUCCUGCCUUUUGCAUCUCAAAUUUAUCUUCCAGUGGGGGGAAACAAAUGGAGGAUUGCAUUCCCUACAAUUCUAGCUCAGCUGAUUUAAUAUUUUUUACCCCUCUUCACCCCUCAGUUGCCUUGAAUUUCUCAAAAACAUUUUUCUAAUUGACGUCCCUGUUGAAAGAAAUUGCACUUGGUCAAAGACCUUUGAAAUGAAUCAGCUUUUACUCUGCCUGAGAAACUUUACAGACUCCAGGGUGGGGUUUUGUCUUUAUUUGCAGGUUAUUUAUCUCUGUUAGUGAUCUCCCUUUUAAAAUCCCUUAUCUGUUACAUCCCAUGCCCACUCAAUGGUUGGAGGCAUAUUUUUGCUUGAUGUUGUAACUACAUGUAAUAGGAGACAGCCUCUAUCCUGAAAGUCUUACAGCACCAUGCAUUUGACAGGCUGUUAGAUAAAUCUCUCUCUUUAGUUUGCAGACUGUGCUAGGGGAAAAAAAAAAAAAAAAAAAAAUUGACAUAAAAAUGUUGGCCCUGCAUCUUUUGCAUCCCAGCUUAGCCCUGGACCACGAGGUCAUUUUUUGGUUGCUGUCCAUGGAGGUGCACUGUGCUUUCAGACAGAUGCCUGAGGAGAAGGGCUGGGAAACUUUUUUUGUCAGCUCCCUGCAGCUCAGAAUUGAGGCAAAUACGCUCCAGCAAACACCAUGCUGAUCAAACCUUCAGUUCUUGGAGGCUUUUUGUAUUUUCUCCUCCUGCCCGGUUUCUCCUGCUCCUGCCCCAGCCGCUGCCUGUGCUUCAGGACUACAGUGAGAUGCAUGCAUCUGAUGUUGGAAACCAUCCCCGAGAUCCCGCCCCAGACAAACAUUCUAGAUUUACGCUUCAACCACAUCAAGGAGAUACGACCUGGAGCCUUCAGAAGACUCAAGAACCUCAACACACUGCUGCUGAACAAUAACCAGAUAAAACAAAUCGUGAGAAGAUCCUUUGAAGAUCUGGAGAACCUGAAAUACCUCUACCUUUACAAAAAUGAAAUCCAGAGCAUCCAGCAGCAUGCCUUCCACGGGCUCCGCUCCCUGGAGCAGCUGUACCUGCAUUUCAACAACCUGGAAAGUCUGGAGCUGGAGACUUUUAGUGACCUUCCUAAACUUGAAAGGCUAUUCUUGCACAACAACAAGAUUUCCAGGAUUCAUCCAGGGACAUUCUCUCAACUGGAAUCCCUCAAACGCCUGCGGCUGGACUCCAACUCGCUGCUGUGUGACUGCGACCUGCUGUGGCUGGCAGAGCUGCUGAAGCAGCACGCGGAGCAGGGCAGCAUCCAGAGCGCUGCCACCUGCGAGGCUCCGCGGGACCUGCACGGCCGCUCCAUCGCCUCCCUGACCGCCCGCGAGCUCAACUGCGAGAGGCCUCGAAUAACCUCAGAACCCCACGACGUCGAUGUGCUCCUGGGAAACACAGUUUAUUUCACCUGCAGGGCAGAAGGAAACCCAAAGCCUGCCAUCAUUUGGCUGCACAACAAUAAUAAGAUUGACAUGAAAGAUGACAACCGCCUGAACCUGUUGCAAGAUGGUACCUUGAUGAUCCAGAACACCAAGGAGUCGGACAAAGGCGUCUACCAGUGCAUGGCCAAGAACAUUGCUGGGGAGGUCAAGACACAGGAAGUCGUGCUGCGCUAUUUUGGCACCCCAUCCAAGCCCACUUUUGUGAUCCAGCCACAGAACACUGAAGUACUGGUUGGGGAAAGUGUCACCCUGGAGUGUGGGGUCUCUGGGCACCCCCACCCUCGCAUCAGCUGGACCCUUGGCACGGGCUCUCCUCUGCCACAGGAUUCCCGUUUCACCAUCACCAGCUCUGGAGGGCUCUUCAUCCAGAAUGUCACCUUCUCGGACCAGGGGCAGUACAACUGCAAUGCCAGCAACUCCGAGGGAUCCAUCCAGGCCACAGCAAGGAUCAUCGUGCAAGAUUCUCCCAGGUUUCUCGUCAUUCCCACGGAUCAGACAGUAACUGAGGGACAAAGUGUGGAUUUCCCCUGCUCUGCUGAGGGUCACCCUCCCCCAGUGAUUACCUGGACAAGGGCAGGUGGGCCCUUGCCGAGUGACCGGAGGCACAGCGUGCUGGCCACGGGCACCCUGCGGGUGGGACGGGUGGCCCUGCACGACCACGGGCAGUACGAGUGCCACGCCAUCAGCGCCAUCGGCGUCAGGACGCUCCCGGUGCAGCUCUCCGUGACCCCGCGAGUGAUCCCCGUGUUCCUCCAUCCCCCCCAAGACCUGGUGGCAGAGACAGGCCAGGACGUUUCCAUUUCCUGCACUGCCCAGGGAGACCCUCGGCCCACCAUCACCUGGGUCAAGGAGGGCAUCCAGAUCACAGAGAGUGGCAAGUUCCACAUCAGCCAGGAUGGGACCCUCUCCAUUCAGGACCUGGGUGUGGCAGACCAGGGCAGAUACGAGUGCAUAGCAAGGAACCCCUUUGGCUUCACCUCGAGCGCCAUGCAGCUCACCAUCACCGCCACGGACGUGGGUCGGAGCGGGGACACGUUUGUGGCCACGUCGCUGCGCGAGGCCAUCAGCAGCGUGGACCACGCCAUCAACUCCACACGUACCGAGCUCUUCAGCAAGCGCCCCAAGACUCCCAAUGACCUCCUGGCUCUGUUCCGCUACCCGAGGGACCCCUACACCAUCGAGACAGCCAGGGCAGGGGAGAUCUUUGAAAGGACCCUGCAGCUGAUUCAGGAGCACGUGCAGCAAGGGCUGAUUGUGGACAUGAAUGUCACAGGCUAUCGCUACAAUGACCUGGUGUCCCCUCACUACCUGACCAUGAUUGCCAACCUGUCGGGCUGCUCCGCGCACCGCCGCACGCCCAACUGCUCCGACAUCUGCUUCCACAAGAAGUACAGAACCCACGACGGCUCUUGUAACAACCUCCAGCACCCCAUGUGGGGUGCAUCCCUCACAGCCUUCCAGAGGCUCCUCAAACCUGCCUACCAGAAUGGAUUUAACCUGCCCCGAGGGUUUUCCUUGGCGGAAGAUGCCAGGGAUCUGCCCCUUCCUCUACCUCGCCUUGUGUCCACUGCCAUGAUCGGGACCGAGACCAUCACCCCCGAUGACCAGUUCACACACAUGCUCAUGCAGUGGGGCCAGUUCCUGGACCACGACAUGGACCAGACGGUGGCAGCCAUCAGCAUGUCCCGUUUCUCAGACGGAGCCCCUUGCAGCGAGGUGUGCACCAACGACCCUCCCUGCUUCUCCAUCACUGUCCCUGCCAACGACCCCCGCGUGCGGAACGGGCGCUGCAUGUUCUUUGUGCGCUCCAGCCCCGUGUGUGGCAGCGGGAUGACCUCCCUGCUGAUGAACUCUGUCUAUGCCAGGGAGCAGAUCAACCACCUGACAUCCUACAUCGACGCCUCCAACGUUUACGGCAGCACGGAGCAGGAAUCGCGGGAGCUGCGGGAUCUGAGCGGCCAGAAAGGGCUGCUGAAGCGAGGGCAAGUUGUGCCCAGCUCGGGGAAGCACCUCCUUCCCUUUGCCGUGGGGCCACCCACGGAGUGCAUGAGGGAUGAGAAUGAGAGCCCCGUGCCCUGCUUCCUGGCAGGAGACCACCGUGCCAACGAGCAGCUGGGGCUCACGGCCAUGCACACGCUGUGGUUCAGGGAGCACAACCGCGUUGCCACCGAGCUGGCCGCCCUCAACCCGCACUGGGACGGGGACCUCCUGUACCACGAGGCACGGAAGAUUGUGGGUGCCCAGAUGCAGCACAUCACCUACGCCCAGUGGCUGCCCAAGGUCCUCGGGGAGGCGGGGAUGAAGAUGCUGGGUGAGUACAAAGGCUACAACCCCAACGUCAACGCGGGGAUUCUCAACGCCUUUGCCACGGCCGCUUUCCGCUUUGGGCACACCUUGAUCAACCCCAUCCUGUACCGGCUGAACGAGACCUUCCAGCCCAUCCGACAAGGCCACGUCCCCCUGCACAAGGCCUUCUUCUCCCCUUUCAGGAUCAUGCAGGAAGGGGGAAUUGACCCUCUCCUCCGUGGGCUGUUUGGGGUUCCUGGGAAAAUGCGGGUGCCCUCUGAACUCCUCAACAUGGAGCUGACAGAGAAGCUGUUCUCCAUGGCACACUCUGUGUCACUGGACUUGGCUGCUAUCAACAUCCAGAGAGGGCGAGACCAUGGCAUCCCACCCUACAACGACUUCAGGGUCUUCUGCAACCUCUCCUCAGCACAGGAGUUUGAGGACCUCCGAAAUGAGAUAAAGAACUUGGAGAUCAGAGAAAAGCUCAGGAGUUUAUAUGGAACUACCAAAAAUAUUGACCUGUUUCCAGCACUUAUGGUGGAGGAUCUUGUCCCUGGGACCAGAGUGGGACCAACACUGAUGUGCCUGUUAACAACUCAGUUCAGAAGGCUGAGGGAUGGAGACAGAUUUUGGUAUGAGAACCCCGGAGUGUUCACGCCGGCGCAGCUGACUCAGAUCAGACAGGCGUCCCUGGCUCGUGUCAUCUGUGACAACAGUGACCACAUCCAGCAGCUGCAGAGAGAUGUGUUCCAGGUGGCAUCAUACCUGCAGGGCAUGGUCAGCUGUGAGGAGAUUCCUGCCGUGGACCUCCGCCUGUGGCAGGACUGUUGUGAGGACUGCCGGACACGAGGGCAAUUCAGGGCUCUUUCGCAGCGGUUCCGAAGCAAGAGGUCUCCUGGCUUCAGCUACCCAGAGGAAAACCCUGCAAAGCACAAGCCUGCCUUGCCCAGAGAUGAGACACCCUCUCCAAGCUCUUCCUCCAGAGAGAACCUUGAGUCCCUUGUGGCAGAACUGGAGAAGACAGUCACUUCCCUACGGAAACAGGUGAAUGCACUAGAGAGCCAGCUGAGGUGGCACCACAGGAACACCAGCACACGUGGACAGGGCAAGAAGACUGGGGACAAAUGGAGAAAAAGAUGACCACGUUGCCUCCUUGUAUAAGGUGCCCUGUGACCUGCACUCCUGCUCUCCAGCCAGUCCAACCCUCCCCUAUAGGGCUCAGAGAGCCACCGUGGGACCCCCUGGUGCUGUGCCUGCUCUCACACCUCCUGUACCACUCCCUGUCCCAGGACCACUGUACUUUUGCUGUAUUGAACCCUCUGCACUGACUGUCUACGAGCCCCUCAGCCCCUGGACCCUUCCUGCCCUUGUCAGCCUCCCAGGGAUGGGCUCUGCUCUCGAUGGUGACAGCCCAGAGUCUGCCAAGGUGCCUCCUCCACAGCCCCCAGGAAAUAGAGACAAUUUGAAGCUGCUUUAAUGCACUGUUCUACUCUGCUCCUCUUCCCAUGCACUGCUGUCAUCCAUCACCCACCAGCCCUCGUGUGAACUGUCCCCUGGACACCCAUCCACAACAAUUCAUUAAGAGGCUAAACCUUCCUCAAAUGCACUGUGGGGCCAGGAAACAUCUGGAGAAAUCAGUUUUAAAAAAAGACAAAGAAACACGAAGCCCAGAAGAAACCCCAGCCAUCUUCUGAUGCCAUCAGAAGACCAAGAGGAACCUCAGGGUUGGGUGUUUCAGGAUAGGGUGCCAGGUACAGUGUGGCCACCCUGGAUCUCCAGCUGGGCUUUGCCAGUUGUUGGUGGCAAGUGGCACAUGCCAUAGCCCCAGAGUCACCUUGCAUUCCUCAAAGCCAUCUUCCUCAGCAUGACCUGCAUUCUCCAACUUUCUUCCCAUUUAGAGGUUUAAUUGGAAUUAUGCUCUUCCUUUUUUUCCCUCCAAGAAGGCUCUUUUUUGGAAGAUGUAUUUUGAGUGUAAACGUAACAGGACCUGCAAGAGAACCUCAGCUAAUUAGGUGUAAUGGGUGCUCUCAUUAGUGGAGGGGAGCUGCUGGUUUCUGUCAAUUAGGCUGGGAGGCCACGCUGUGGUGUUUGACACGCGGGUGGAUGCAAAAUGCUGUUUGUGUUUAUGGCUCCCUGGUGCUCUGCAGCCAAACCAGGGCUGUGCAGGCAGCUCUGCUGGUUUUGGUGCUCUUUGGAGGUGCUCCUUAGUGGUGCUAGAACUGAAGUCCCUGUGUACCCACCACAACCCCAAAUCUGUGGACAGAUUGGUUUUUAAUACAUCUUUGUGAGCUGGUCAUGGGGACUGAAGAGGAAAUACUUGAUCCAUCAGAUAUCUGUGCUAUUCUUAUCUUUAUCACUUUUACUGCAUCCUCCCACUUUCUUUCCCACAGCACAAGGACCAGAAUCUUCUAUGAACAUGCUUUUCUUCUUCUUUUUUUUUUUUUUUUAAGGUGUUUGAUAGUACUAAAAGGGAUUCAAAGCAGCAGGGAUGCUUCUGGAACUGAAUAGGAAAAUAAUAAUAA